AUGAAGGCUAUACAAUAUACCGCUCCUGGUGGCGUAGAGGUCAUCAAAUCGGUUGACUUGCCUGAUCCACUGGCAAAGGAGGGAGUGAAUUUCAUCGACACUUAUCAACGAACUGGACUAUAUACCGUUCCUUUGCCAUAUAUUCCUGGGCGAGAGGCUUCCGGAACCAUUGAAGCUGUCGGUCAAGGCGUUGAAGGUUUCAAGGUCGGAGAUCGUGUCGUGUAUAUGAGUGGAUCUGCUUAUGCAGAAAAGACUCUUGUUCCUGGUCACGCAUUGGUCAAACUACCAGACAAUGUCUCGUUUGAAGAUGGAGUUGCUGCCAUGUUGCAGGGUCUGACUGCUUUGACUCUCGUCCAACUUUGCCAUGAAGUGAAGCCCGGACAGUUUGUUCUCGUUCACGCGGCAGCUGGUGGUACUGGUCGUAUUGUGGUAUCGAUGGCAAAGCACUAUGGUGCUCACGUCAUUGGAACGACAUCUACAAAAGCCAAGGCAGAGACUGCCAAAGCUGCGGGCUGUCAUGAUGUCAUUCUCUACACUGAACAAGACAUUGUCAGUGAGGUCAUGAGGAUUACUGGGGGAAAAGGAGUCCAUGCUGUAUUUGAUGGCGUCGGAAAGAGCACAUUCGAUGCGAGUUUGGCUUGUUGUGCGACGCUUGCCACGCUCAUCAACUUUGGUAAUGCAUCUGGUGUUGUGCCUCCCGUCACGUUGUCUACGUUGACUGCCAAGUCUGUUAGGUUGAUGAGGCCUUCAGUUAUGUCAUUCACCUCCGAUCCUGUCAUGUAUCAAUCGCUCUCCAAACAAUUGUUUGAGUUGCUCGCUCAAGGUGUUUUUACAAUUCUCAUUCACAAAGCUUAUCCCUUGGCUGAUGCAGCAGACGCUCAGUCGGAUCUUGAAGGUAUAGUGGAUGUGGAUGGAUAUUAUAAUCCAUUAAUCUCUAAAUCCGCAACUCGAGUCAACAUGUACAAUCAAGGCUAUAACCAGCAGCAAGGAUACAUGGAUCCAAAUAUGAUGAAUGGAGGACAGAUGAGUGGAGCCUUGGUUCCGGCCUCCAUGAUGGCACAACAGCCUGGAAUGAAUAUGGGAAUGGGUGGUGUUCCUGGCACUCAAUUCGCUCAACAACAGCAGCAAUAUCAAAUGACUGCUCCUGGACAAUUGGGAUUCGGUGAUACCACUAUGGGUGUCUCGCGAUCUAUGGGUAUGGGAAAUGUAGGCCAACCUCAAGUCGUCAAUCAGCAGAUCCAGUCUACGAGACAUACGCGCAUUAUUAUCCAAGGAGAAGACAAGAGUCAACAAUACCAAGCUGAAAUCGACAGUCUCAAUGCCAAAUUACAAUCCGCCCAACAACAAUUGACUGGAUCGAAUGCCCAAUUACGCCAAACACAACAGGAAGCAAACGUGUGGAAGCAAAAGUUCAUGCAACUCAACACCCAGUUGCAAAACCUCCAAUCUCAAUUCUCUCAAAUGCAAGCUGUAGCUCAAGCCAACCAACAAGCUGCUUUGCAACUACAACAAGUCGCCAAACAACGUGAUAUGUUCCAAAUGGAGUUGCAACGUACUCAACAGGCAUAUCAACAAGAAUCAACAAUGCUCAAGCAGCAGAUUCAAAACAUGCAACAACAAUUGCAGAGUGCUGUGAAUGGCAAAGGUCAGGAAAUGCAGCAAUUGAUGCAGCAAUUCCAGAACGAGAGGAUGCAAAUGCAGCAAGCUCUUGAGGCUCGUAUGCGGGAGGCACAACAAUUGCAACAGGCAUUUGACGAAAGCAAAGGUCAAAAGUCCCAGAAUGACAUGUUGCUUGAGUCUCAAGAAAAGGAAAUCCAAGGACUUCAAUCCACUUUGGAAGAAGUCACUCAACAGCUUAUUGAUGCCCAAAACCAACUGGCUGAGCGUGAAGCUACCAAAGCUCAAGUCUUGGAUGAAACAUUGGAAGGAGAGAUGGAAAAAGCAGCCCGCAAGGUCGCUGAAGCUUUAGCUCGUCUAGAAGCAGUCCGUGGUGACGGUCGUAAAUUCAAACCAGUCCAUGCCGCCAUCCUCGAUAUCGCAAUUGCCAUCGCAACUGCUAUUGGUACAUUGAUCCGAGCUGCCACUGCUGCCCAAGACGAAGUAGUCAAGGCUGGUAAAGGAACAGGAGAUCCAAAGGCCUUUUAUAAACAAAAUCAUCAAUGGACUGAAGGUCUUAUAUCUGCUGCCAGAGCCAUUGCUACCGCUACAGAUCAUUUGGUGAUUACUGCUGAUGGUGUUGUGGGUGGUACUCGUAGAAUGAAUGAGCUGAUUGUGGCUGGUCAUGAAGUGUCUGCUUCUACCGCUCAAUUGGUUGCUGCCAGUCGAGUACAAGCUACUCAAUACUCCAAGACGCAAGUUCGUCUCGAGGAAGCAGCAAAGGCCGUCACUGAUCACACCAAGCGUCUAGUACAAGCAGCUGAAGACGCCGCUGGUGCUGAAUUAGAUAAUGUAGCAGACGACUUUUCGAAAUUAUCCAUGCAACAAUUCAAAGUCCAAGAAAUGAAUCAGCAGGUUGCCAUUUUGGAUUUCGAAAACAAGUUGACCAAGGCUCGUAAAACUUUGGCUGAAAUGAGGAAGGCUCAAUAUAAUCGAGAACCAGAUACUCGCCCGGACGACGAAUGGUGA